GCCCGUUUUGUAACCAUCCUGCAGGCGCCGGCCAAUGAGCGGCGCCGCGCCGGGUCACGUGCCCCGCGCUUUAUAUAAUCGGCCGCGGAGGCGGGCUACUUCGGUCGGUGCCGGGCGCGAGCAGCAUGGAGCGGUGGGGGCGCAGCCAGGCGGCUCCGGCUCCUCGGCAGCCCGGCCGCGGGGCCCUGUAGAGCGGGCCCGGGCCAUGGGCUCCCACCCGCCGCCGCCGCUGCCGUUCGAGCUGGCGGCCGAGCUCUGCGGCAGCCCGCUGCAGGUGGAUGCCCCGAGCCUGGUGCCCGAGUGGCAGGUGCUGCUCAAGCGGGCCGACGAGCUGGCCUCCGGGGGCCGGCUCCACGAAGCCUUCCAGCUCUACCAGCUGGCCUCCCGCCACCAGCAGCUGCGGGCGGAGCAACUGGAGAAGCUGGUGGAGUGCCUGGCGCAGGGUGUCCGGCUCCGGGAGCAGCUGCCCGCCCGCUGUAGCGGCGGGGGCAGCCUCCUGCAGCCCCGGGACUGGGAUAUCUUCAGCUGUCGCAAAUGUCAGGGCUUCCUCUUCGAGCCCGUGUCUCUGCCUUGCGGACACACGUUUUGCAAAAAGUGCCUGGAGCGGGAGAGGGCCCCCGAGUCCCACUGCGCCCUGUGCAAGGAAGAGGGGAGCCUGGCGGCCGGGCAGCACCUGCGCGUCAAUGUCAUCCUCAGCAACCUCCUGGCCAAGUGGUUCCCCGGCCAAGUGUCGGCGUCGCAGCUCAGGCACGAAGGGAACUUCUUAUAUAAGGAGAAGAAGCUGCAAGCUGCCCUGCAGAAGUACAAUGAAGCAGUCAGCCUAGCUCCAAAUGACCAUUUAUUGUAUAGCAACCGGUCCCAGAUUAAUUCUACUUUGAAAUCUUAUGAAGAUGCAUUGCAUGAUGCAGAAACAGCAUGCAGGCUCCAACCAUAUUGGUCAAAGGGUCACUUAAGGAAAGGACAAGCAUUAGCUAAUGUGGGGAAAAUAGAAGACUCUUUAAGAGAGUUUCUGUUUUGCCUUGCCCUGGAUUUUGGGAACAGGACAGCUAAAUCAGAGGCUCAAAAGCUUCUACUUAGUUUAUUUUCACCCAUCCCGGGAAAUGCUCAGGAACACUUACCAGAUAUCCUGCUGCUGUUGUCACCUCACUCUAGAUUGAAGGGGAACCUUCUAAAUUCAGUGGGAUCUGGAGACAGCAGCCAUAACCUACCAAGAUUGCUCAAGGUAAAUGUGGAACAGAAAAAGUGUUUCCCUGCUCAGGAAGAACAAAAAAUGACUGACUGUGGCAGUCUGAGAAAAUCCAUUCAGAUGAUGGAAAGUAAAGGCUGUGCAGAAGAGAACAAACAUGACUCCACCCCAGAGUCUACACUUCUCAUUUCUGAGAAAUGCAGCCUUCUGAAGAGAAAGCACUGCUCUGAGGAAGUGAAGAGUGCUGAGGUGCCCUGCAAACUCAUGAAGAAAGGUACAAUUGAUGCCAAGGGAUCUAGUGCUGGCUGCCGCAUUCCAUUUGAAUUUGUGGACCCCUCUGACCUGGAUUGCUCUUUGUGUAUGAGGCUUUUUUAUGAACCUGUCACCACACAUUGUGGGCACACCUUCUGCCUGAAAUGUCUUGAAAGAUGCCUAGAUCACAACCCAAAAUGUCCCCUGUGCAAAGAAGGUCUUUCUGAGUGCUUGGCUCUGAGGAAAUAUUGCAAAACAGUACUGAUGGAGGAGUUAAUAGCAAAGUAUCUUCCAGAGGAACUCACUGAGAGAAGGAAGAUUUAUGAAGAGGAAAUUGCAGAGCUUUCCAACUUAAAUAAGAACGUUCCCAUCUUUGUCUGCACAAUGGCCUAUCCUACAGUCCCUUGCCCUCUGCACAUCUUUGAGCCAUGUUAUCGACUGAUGAUUCGAAGAUGCAUGGAGACUGGCACCAAACAAUUUGGAAUGUGUAUCGGUGAUCCUAUCAAGGGGUUUGCUGAUUAUGGCUGCAUUCUGGAGAUCAGAAAUGUUGAAUUCUUUGCUGACGGUCGCUCUGUUGUAGACAGCAUUGGCAAGAGGAGGUUUAAGGUGGUAGAGCACAGCCAGCGUGAUGGAUACAACACAGCAGAUAUAGAGUACAUUGAGGAUCAGAAGGUGCAAGGAGAGAACUAUGCUGAGUUACUUAUUCUACAUGAUUCUGUAUAUGAUCAGGCUUAUAUGUGGUUUAACUCACUCAAACAAGCACUCAAGAGUCGAAUUCUCAGUCAUUUUGGUCCAAUGCCAGCUAAGGAUCCUGACCCACAGGCUAGCCCCAAUGGCCCUGCAUGGUGCUGGUGGGUCCUUGCUGUCCUUCCACUUGAGAGUAGAGCUCAGCUUCCGUUUCUUGCCAUGAAAUCCCUGAAAGACCGCUUGAAUGGCAUCAGACGUGUCCUUACAUUUAUGUCCCGUACAAGGUCACGAUGAUGCUGAGAACAAGCUGUGAAGACUCUUGCAAUACUUGACUGUGGAGUUGCUCUUGUAACUAUAUCUAACUGCAAUAAUGUCUUAUGACAUUGGUGUCAUAUGGUGUGUCAAAACAAGACAAGUUUGAAGUCUAACUUUCAAAGGAAAUAAAAUAUAAAGAGCCAAGGAUAUUUACAGAUCAUUCAGUAAUAUCCAUUUGGAUCUCGAACUUUCUUGAGACGAGUAUUCAAUUGCUGCACUGCUAGGCUAUUAUCAUCGGUGUUAUAUAACAGAACAAAGUGAUCUUGUUUGCCAUAAACCUUUUGAAAGUUUGAGGUGGGUUUUCUGUAGUAGUAGAUAAAGGAAAUCUGUGCGGUUUAAUGUGAAAAAGAAAUACUGAUAGUGUUAAAGCAUUAUUUCAAUGAACUGCAAAGUCUUUUAUUCCAAAUGGUUCAGGUUUAUAUAGCAUUGUGUAUUAUAAUGUCCACAACUUCUGUUUGAUUUAUUUUUGCACUAUAAUGACUUUUUUGGUUUCCAAAUGUAUAUUGUAAUUAUUUGUGUACAUUCUCUACACAGAAAGUAAGCUGCUCUAUUUAUUUAUGGGGUCUUACCAUGUAUGAAUGACUACGGGAAAAGAUAUUAGGAAUACACAAGCUACUACAUCGAUCAUUUUCAAUACAUUUGUGUUUGAGUACUUUGUUUUUCUAUCUCCAGUGAUCUAUAAUCUAAGAAGGAUUGCCCCCAACACAGCCAGCCAUGAAUAUGCAGGCUUUGUCUGAAAUUCAGUCGUUGCUGGGUAAAGCUUGAUCCUACAAUCUUAGCUUGGCCCCCAAUCAAGCAAAGCACUUCAGCAUAUGCUUAAGUGUAUUUGGGGCUUUGGGUAAUAAACUUCAGUGGGGUUUGCCCAGAGAGAUGACUGAAGGAUCCAGCCAUUAAUUUUGCACAAUAUAAAGAGUAGCAUUAUGCAGCAGCUUGCAGUGAAAUGUUGUAUUUGAAUUGCUAUGAGUAUCACAGCUACCUACAAACACAAUGCAGGAGCAGGUGUAAGAAGCAACCUUUCACAAAAGAGAACUAGAGGGGUAUUAUUUCACUUCAGGUUACUAGAGUGAUUCUUUACAUCAACCCUUUUUAUAUGUUAAGAUCUUAUGUUUGUAAUUAAUAUUAUGAUUUGAUUUUUGCUAUGUAGGGCUCCAGGAGGGCUCACAAGAAGGAAGAUAUUUUAAUAAACUUUCUAUUUAUUCCACCUCAACCUCCAGGUUUUUCCAUUAGCCACAAGUCUCUACCUGAUCUCUGUGUCUUCUGUCAGACUGUGAGCAGCUUGAUAGCUAAUGGUUAAAACCCCAAAGGCAAAUGAAAACUGGGUUUCACUUUUUCUGCAUCUUUUGCGCUGUGUAACAUUUUGGGCCUGAUCUUGCUUCCAUUAAAGUCAGUUGGAGUUCUACCAUUGACUUAAGUGGGCGCAAGCUUGGGUCUUUGUAAUCUAAACUAUGGAUUUCCUUCUUCAGAGUGCAAGUAGGAUGGAUGAAAAUUCAUGAUAUUGCCCAGAAUAGUAUUUAUUAUUUCAUACCCUUCUGGAAAAGUCCUGUAGAAUUUAAUCAAAUAUUGUCAUCUUUCCAUAGGCUUUUAAAAUCAUUUUAGUUUGAGAUCAUUUAUUUUAUUUCAGUUUUAUAGUUUUGAGUAAUUUAUGAACCCUGUUAACAUUCUGUAAAAUGUAGUUUUUCAUCCUUAUUAAUGACCGAAGCCAUUUCUGUAUUAGUAAUGUAUAACUUGAGACCAGUCCUGCUUCCAUACAAGUCAGUGGGUGUUUGGUCCUCACAUCCAUGGGAGCAGGAUUUGGUCUUUAAGUAUCUUGUAUUUUUGGGCUGUUUUCUCACUGAUCUUUUUGCUCUUUUCUGCAUGCCAGAACUUCUGUUACACGUAUUCAUGUUACUGGUUCACAGAUAACUGUGGAGAGUUCUUUAAUUACACUUGACAAUGGCUAUUUUUAAAAUAGGCUAGCCCUUUCCAUCACCCUCUGAGUUGAGACCACCAAGUUUCAACUCUUGGAGUGAAUUACAUCUACCAGUUUCUACAUACACCACUGUGUAGUGUUUGUUUUUGAGAUACAGUAAAUUUGGCAUCUUGUCUGAAAUGUGAGGAAAAUAGGUUUAACAAUAGUCACUUAAAUUUUAUAUAGUAUGUUGAUCUGAUAGUAUACUUAUUAUUCUUACCAUCAAGUUGUCCCCAUAACUAGGUCUACUGACCUACUGUAGAAUAAAAACAAUCCUGUUAACUGUGCACCCAAAAGUAUUGAUCAGGUUUUGGCUGCACACCAAAUACAGGCUUGGAUUCAUAGUUCUUUAAUAGCAUAGGGUAAAAUUCACCCCUGUGUAGCAAACCCAUUUAAAUCCCAUUUAACCCCUAUUUGGGGGGGUUUAAACAACAUGUAUGCUUUUUGCUGGUCCUUCACACCAGUUAAAUUUUCACUGGAGCUCAAUUCAGCAGCCUGGAAGUCACCAGCAAAAGUUUGAUUUCAAGGGGGGAGUUUGGUCCCCAAUAAUGACAAUCAGAUGAGAGAAAUAUCAAACCAUAGCUGAAUGAAAGCCAUCUGCCAUACCAAUAUUGUAGAGCUAGCCAAAAAGCAGCCCUAGUAUGGGUUUCCUGAAAGUUUUAGAUUCAUUUACACUUGUUUGAUGUGAUUUUGUUCAUUUGCAACCUUCACCAUUUGAGACGUGAUUAGUGCAAAUGCAUGCAAAUAACUUAAUGUUGGUCAUGACAUUAUGCCACAUUCCUUGGUAGGUAGGUGGAGGAAGAGAUACUCGCAUCAAAUUUCUUCAGUAAAUUUGUUUCCAUGACGAAGUACAAGGCAGACUCAAGCUAAGACUCCUUCCUGCUUUGUACACUACAUCUAACAAUAACAAAAUGAUGGGAAAACAUGAAUGAAGGGGGGGAAAAUACAGUAUUUUUUCUCUUGGCCAGCUCAACUUGGCCAAAAAACUAAAAAUGGGUGUGACUGAACAGAGUAGAUAGAGCCUGAUUCUGAUCUCAUUGAUGUGUAAAUCAGGAGUAACUACAUGUAAGGCAAUGGAAUUACACCAGUAUAAAACUGAUGUGAGAACAGAAUCAAGCGCAAGGUUCAGCAGACCCUUCUGGAAGUCAGACCUGGUUAGCCUCAUGGUGGUAGUGCUGGAGUUCCCUUUUCUUGAGUGCUAUUAUGUUUUUUAUUAGCUGUUAAGCUGACAGCUGGGAUUUCUCAUUGCAAAGUGGCUGGUCCAUGCUUGGGCUACCCCUCUGUCCUGUGUGAGUAUUUAUUAGCAUUUAGAGCAUGUACAAACCACUAAUUUGUUCCAAUAAUUUUAAUCUUGUUAAAAAUGGAGUUUGACAGAUUUGUAUUUACUGGGUCUGAAUCUGUUAGAUAGUGAGGUAUAGAGGUUAGAGCAUUUAUAAACUGAAGUUUUAUAUUUUGGAUGUGGUCACUCAAUGAUUUCUUUGAUACUGGAAUGUUACCAGUGUUUAAACUAGUUAAUGAGGGCCACAGGUACACUUUCAAUGCCUUGUUGGUUUUUUUUUGGGGGGGGGUAGUGGAGAGAGUGAUUCAUGUAGCUUUUGUGAAAAUAGAUGUUUUGCCUAUCUGAGUAACUGAGUUCAGUUUUGUGCAAAACUCAAUGGGAAUUGUAUGCAUUUAGGGUCUGAUAUAAUUGUCAAUAGACUCGCAUUGACUUCAUGAGGGGGUUGGAUCAAGCCCACAAAGACUGUAGGCUUAAGAAGAAUGCAGAAAAGUACCUUUGUAAAUGAAAUACUCUGCCAAGAUUUGCAGGAUAAAUAUUGCCAAUAUAAAAGAAACCAGAUCAUUUAAUACAGGAUUUAAUUCUUAAAUGGCUGAUGCACAAAAGCUGAACUAUUACACUGAGGUCUUGUCUACAUGGCAGUGCAGUGGUAACUACAGCAGUAUGAACUGUAGAGUAUGCUCUAAUUGUCCUAUGUAGACCCUGCUGGUGUGAACUAGAAAGUACCUAGUUAGUGCUGCUGUAGUCCUAUUUGAAACAGGGCAAGUACUACUUAGUUCACACUAGCAGGGUAUACAGGGGUCAGAGCACAAAUUGGCAUAUUCUACUGUUCACACCUCUGUCAUCAGUACUUCCCUGCAGUGUAGAUAUGCCCAGAGUUAUACAUGCAGGUAUCAUGUACAGAAGUGCUUAUUAAUAUGAGGAGUUUUCAUAGGGUCUAAAUUGACCCUCAAAUAGAAGUGCCUGUAUUUCUGUGUUACUGGUUGCCAUUCUUAAUCUUCAGUCAUAGCCUACCCCCCACCCCCUUUUUAAUUCUUGACAUCAGAGUGAAGGAACACAAGUUUACAGAUCAGCACUGUGGCAGAAACAAUGUAAUUGUUUUACAUACAUCUACUGGAGGGAAAAAAGCUGGUGGAAAAAUCAUUUUAAGAUAUCUUCAUGUGUUGCUGUAGACUUUCCUAUUUAAUACCCUUAAGCUAUGUGGUUAUUAGAGAACAAGAAACAAAAUAUCUAUCAAGUCAUUUUAAAUAGUGACAUUUCUUUGGGGGCUUGUGUAUUCUACUUGUGUGUAAAGCAUCCUUUUAUUUUCUUCUUGCACUAAUGAACUUGAAGUGAAAUUAAAUUCAACUCUUGUCAUUGAACAGCAGUACUAUUCCACUACCUCUAAAGUUUGACAUCUCUUUUCCAAUUCAUGUUAUGUUCAAGAUAUUAAUUUCAUAGUCCUGUCAGCCUGUGUGUAUCCAGUAGUACUAAUUAUGUUGUAUGGACAUAAGUUUGUAUGGAUACGUGUUUGUUAAUUAAAAUGUGUGUUC